AUGGCAGAUUCUACAGAAUAUUCAUCGUUAUUUGCACUCGUGGACAGCCAUUUGUCCAAAACGAGCAUUCGUUCUGAUAAAUCUCCUAAAAAUACAUUUAUUCUUCCAUCACUUGGAAAUGUUCCGAACUGUAGUACAUCAGAAGGACAGAUUAAGACUCCUUUAGCACCAAGAUUUCCUACAUCACCUUUUACUGUUGGAGUAAGUGAAAGUCCCAUAAAAAAUAUUUUGGCUCAACAGGUAGCAAAUAUGCUAAAAACUAAAGAGCGAAAACAACAAGAAGAUAGAGAUCAAAAACUAGUUAAAGACAUGCAACAAUUCAACCUCAUAGACAAUAGUGAUUAUGUUAUUGAUUUAAUGAAAGCAGUAAAAACUCCUUAUAAGUUUGAAAGGCAAGAAGUAAAAGAUGAGGAAGUGCUUAGUAGUAGUAGUUCCUUUGAAUCACUUUUUGAACUGAAAUUGACUGAUAGUGUUGAAGAUACAAAAAUUUCAGACAUAUCUGAGGUCCCUUUGCCUUGUACAUCUGAUAUUUCAUAUAUAUUAAGUAAAAAAGUUUGUGAAGGCCAACCUUCAACAUUUGGAAAAGUUUUGACAUCACGAUUAAGGCCUGUAGCAGCUCCAUAUUUACAUGAAAAUAUUAAUCGCAGUAUUAAGGUAUUUGAUUUUUCAACUCCUUCGCCUUGUGACAUACAUAAACAAAGAUUACGAAAGCCUACUAUGUCAAGUACCUACACAUCCAUCAUUGAAUUAUAG